AUGCAAGAGCCCUUAAACUUUUCAAGAACCACCGCCUAUUCGGCAACUCGCGAACUAGCCUCACGCGUUCUAGACAGCCUACAAGCCGCCAACGCUGGACUUGGUGGCAGUCCCCACGAUCAGGUGUUUGACUUUAGAGCCUCGUCACUGCCUCGGGACAUGGUGGUCACCGAACAAAGUAACUCCCACCUCGGCAACCCUUGGGCGGCCUUCCAAUCGGGGGCUCUACUUGCUGCUGCCGCGGCCGCCAUGUCCACGUCAAAUGUGUCGAACUGUCCACGCGAUGCACAACUCGAGGGCUUUCUGAUGAAGGCGCCAACGAGGACCCAGUCGCGCCUCGACGUCGUGGGCGAGAAGCCAUCAGCAGAACAGUUACCCUUGUUAAACGCACCUGCCGUUUCGGGUUUGCUGGGCAAUCCGUGCCCUCUGCAACCGCCUACCUUUAGGCAUUUCGUUACUCUUAACAACCGCGCAGAGCAGGAACUGCAAAUCAACUCACGUGCAACCUCCACCACCUCCUCCUCCUCCUGCGCCUCUCAGCAAAACAGAAAGAACUCGAAACUGGUUGACCGCAGCCGUCGCUCGCGUGUGGUGAUUCACCAGUUCGGUGAUGCGGAGGAUCACUUUUCGAAGGCGCUUCGCAACCUCCAUGUCAAGUCAACGGCUGAAGAUGAAAUGGCCCAAAGCGCAUCGUUGCAGAAUCGCACGUGGACAGUGACGAGUGCCUUUGACGCUGGAGGAGGCGGCGGCGGUGGUGGUGGCAGUGAUGGGAGGAGAGGAGGAGCAUCGAGUCCCUCUGAGGCACAGAACAUCGCGGAUUUGGCGGUGGAGAAGCACUUCGAGAAGUCCCUUGCCACUUUCCACGCAAAACAGGCAGCAGCUGCUGCUGCCGCGGCAGCCAGCAGAGAAACACCGGCCUCACCAAACAAGACACCGCUUGAUUUGAGUCUUACGAGAACACGAACCCAAUUCUACCCAACCUCCCCGUCGAUGACUUCAAGCUCCGGCGGCUCCACCUUACCGUCGCCUCGUGGAGAAAGCGGUGGACCUUCGUUCAACCCGAAGAAGAAGUGGCUCGCACAGUACGGUGACGAUGAAGGCGCGCGAAUACGAGGGUGUGGCAAGGGUGGAGGCUGGAGUGUGGACGAUAAUGCCUGGGGUGGAAAGCUUAUCACCGCAGAGUCAGAGAGCGAGGCGCGAUCAAGGAGCUGUCCGCUCCUCUUCAACGACUUCAAGCCCAUCAAAGAAGUCCUCUUACAGUGCAAUAACAAGUGCGAAACAACUCAAAAGACCUCGAAGUGUCACGGUGUCAUGCACUCGUCAAUUUCUUCCCUGCAACUGCCUAUCCGAGGUGGAUUGGGUCUUUCACGAGCAAUAAGUCUCCACGAACCCUCACUAGGGAAUAGUAUGGAGCUUUUCGACGAAGACGCAGUUGGAGGCGCCUCGAAAUCGCUCUCAGCCUGCGAAAGUCCAGUGUCCUCACCCAUCGCAGGCUCCUCUGGCUUUUUUACUGAUUCCAACUACUCCCUCGACUCGUCCACACUGCCGGUCAUUUCUGAGGCGGGCUAUUUCAGUUCAACCACUUCGACUACCUCCAGUCUCAAGGCGAGACACCUCGCAACCCUGAAGGAAGGCGGUCUUCUCACACAACUGGAUCACAGUCGUUCGACGGGGUACGAGCCGGGGACUCCGCUCGAAGGCAUCUGCCCCACCGGACGUUCCUGGGCGAUGCGCAAACGCGUUGCCUCCGACGCAAGCAACCUCGCCUCCAUGAAACGCUCGCGUUCGGUGGUUGCCGCAAGCAGUUGCGAGCACGACUUGCAGGGACAAAGUGAAUGCGUGACACGACAAUCCGACUGA